CGGCUUUGGGUUUGGGACGCCGUGCAAGAUGGCGGAAAGCAACAACUUCCGGUUCAAAAAGGUUGAGGAGCGAGGAAGUGUCAAAUAUCAAAUAAGGGAAUUGAUAGACGUACCAUCGGACGUCGCCUGCGUCAUAGUUGACGUCGUGUUGAUUUUGAGAGGAGUAAAUUAUUUAUUUAUAAACUGACGUAAGGGCGCUAAAUCUAAAAUAAACCGUGAAUAAAAUGUGAAAAUACAUAAAAUAUUUUGGCGAAGCUGCUGCACGCAUGAAAGGAGCAUGGCGCCCCGAUUACAGCUGGAGAAAGCGGCUUGGCGUUGGGUGGAAACGGUGAAACCAGAAGAAAUAACGCAGGAGCAUAUCGACCUAGCAUAUCGCGUCAAUCUCCCGGCCUGCAAGAGAGGAACCUGCAGGAGGAACUGCAAAGGGAAUCCCAACUGUCUUGUGGCUAUCGGUGAACAGGCGUGGCUCGGGGAGAUUGAUGAAAAUACUUUCCACAAUAUCGACGACCCAAAUUCAGAGCGUCGAGACAAGAACACAUUUGUUGGCCUGACAAACCUGGGUGCAACAUGUUACGUCAACACAUUCCUGCAGGUGUGGUUCCACAACCUGGAGCUGCGUAGGAGCCUCUAUCAGUGCCAUAAUUCCCGAGCACAGGAACACAAUAUUGAGUCUGAUUACGAGCCUCAGUCCAUCUGUGAGCAUCUGCAAUAUCUGUUUGCACUCCUGCAGAACAGCAACAGAAAGUACAUUGACCCUUCAGGGCUGGUCAAAGCAUUGGGCCUGGACACUGGACAGCAGCAGGAUGCCCAGGAGUUUUCAAAGCUUUUCUUAUCUUUAUUGGAAGAUACACUAUCGAAGCAGAAGAACACCAGUCUGCAGAAUGUCAUCCAGCAGCAGUUCUGUGGACAGUUCUCCUACGUUACUGUCUGUAACCAGUGUGGUCGGUCAUCUGCACUGCCGUCCAGAUUCUAUGAGCUGGAGCUGAACAUCCAGGGCCACAAGAACCUCACUGAAUGCAUCACAGAGUUCCUGAAGGAGGAGAAGCUGGAUGGGGAGAACCGCUACUUCUGUGAGAGCUGUCAGAGUAAGCAGAACGCCACCCGAAGGAUCAGACUACACAGCCUUCCUCCAACCCUCAACCUGCAGCUCAUGCGUUUUGUCUUUGACAGACAAACAGGCCACAAGAAGAAGCUCAACACUUUUAUCAGUUUUCCAGAGCAGCUGGACAUGGGCCCUUUCUUGGAAGGAAAAGAAGACCAAAAGUGUGUUUAUGAACUCAGUGCAGUGCUGAUCCAUCGGGGAAUCAGUGCCUACUCAGGCCACUACAUUGCCCACGUGAAGGAUGCUUGUACUGGCGACUGGUACAAAUUCAAUGACGAGGAAAUUGAGAAGAUGGAAGGCAAGAACUUACAACUUGGCAUUGAGGAGGACAUUGCUGAGACAGUGAAGUCCCAGACACGAAAACCAAAGUGUAGUAAAGGCUACCACUGCUCUAGAAAUGCGUACAUGCUGGUGUAUAAGGUCCAAGAAGAGGAGAGCUCAGAUCCCUCCAGGACCAGUGUCGAGGUGCCAGCCUUUCUUCAGAGGUUGGUGGACCAAGACAAUCAUAAAUUUGAGGAGUGGUGCAGUGAAAUGGCUGACAUGAGAAAACAGAGUGUGGAUAAGGGCAAAGCCAAGCAUGAGGAGGUGAAGGAGCUCUACAAGCUUUUACCUGCAAGAGACGGUGAGCCAUAUGAGUUUAUCCCCCUGGACUGGCUGAAGAAGUGGCUGGAGGAUUCCACUGCCACAAAAGAAAUCGACAACUCCCUCUUCUUGUGUUCUCACAGCAAACUGCACCCAGACAAGGUGGGAGAAUCAAAGAGGGUUUCUUUCCAAGCUGCUCAGCUCCUCUAUGAGCGCUACAGUGGAGGGCCGAGACUAGACGGCUCCUCUCUGUGUAGAGAGUGUGUUGGCCAGCGAUGUAGGGUGCUGCGACUGAAGAACCAGCUCAAUGAAGACUACAAGGAAGUCUCCAACCUGGUCAAACGCACGCUCAGUGGGGAGGGCUACUGGGUGGGCAAAGCAUCUCUACGUAGCUGGAGGCAGUUGGCUUUGGAUCAACUUGAGGAGGACGAACAUGAAACCAAACACAGCAACGGCCCAACCAACGGACAGGGACCACACACCAACAACAGCAAAGAGUUUGGCCCAGAACUCUCAGAGAACAACGAGGACGAGAUGAAGACCUUCAAUGAAGACAUUGUCUGCAGUCACGGGGGUUUGAGUAUUUUAGAGACCGAGCGGAAGCUGGUAUCACCUGAGGUUUGGACCAAACUGAGGGCAUAUUUCCCCAAAGCGCCUGAAUUCACCCAGAACCAAGAGCCCUGUCAGCAGUGCCUGACAUUAGAGCAGGAAGAAAAGGACAACGAGGCCGUCAGUAAGAUGAUGGCCCUGGACCAGAAGAACCAAUUGCUGAACCUGUUCCAGGAGAAGAACCGGCCAACACUCACCAAGUGGCCUCAGGGCACAGACGUACUUUACAUAGUCCCUCUUUUUUUCGUGGAUGAGUGGAGAAAAUUCAUCAGGAGACCCACUAAAUCCUCUCCAGUUUCUAAUGUGGGCAACACUCUCCUGCUCUGUCCCCACGGAGGCUUCAUGUUCACCUACGACUCUCUGAUCAACGGAGAUGCACAACAUAUAGCUCUACUCUGGCCCAGUGAAUGGGACGUUAUCAGCAGACUCUUCAUCGUAGACCAGCCAAUCUCCAUCCACUGCUUCAAACAGACCACAGCCAGUGGUCCCACCACUCACUACACAACUCAGCCUGAUCUAUGUUGGGAGUGCAGAGAGAGCUUCCUUUUUCAGCAGCAGAGGGACCUUAGAGAAUACACCCAAGCAACCAUCUACAUCCGCAAGGUCAUAGAAGACAAGAGGAUGAUAAAGGAGGCGGCUCCAGAACUGACCGCCAGCAGCUCUGAAGCAGAGGAGGAGAAAGAAGAACAUCCAAAGGUGGAUGGAGACAGGGACCCAGACUUCAGCCAGUCAGAAGACGGUGCGAAGCGGCUAAAGUUGAGUGACAGCAGCGCAGCAUCAGCGGCUGCUGUUCCUGUGACAAACGUGACCAAAGUGGGCGGAGUCAGGAGAAGCACACGGCACAGGAAACUCAGAGGAGAGAAAGCACUCAUCGUUUCAGCUAAUCAAACGCUUAAAGAGCUGAAAAUACAGAUUAUGCAUGCCUUCUCUGUGGCUCCGUUUGACCAGAACCUCUCUAUUGAUGGAAAAAGUCUGACAGAUGACUCAGCCACACUGGGCAGUUUGGGCGUCAUCCCUGAAAGCAUCAUCUGUCUUAAGGCUGAUGAGCCGAUAUCAGACUAUGCUGCAAUGGAUGAUGUCUAUCAGGUGGGAAUGCCUGAAGAGGGAUUCAAAGGCACUGGGCUUCUUGGGCACUGAGGAAAGCUGUGCUGUAGCAAUGUAGCAAUGCUUGAAUUGGACGCGUAACAGAUGGAAAUUUCUUAAUAAAAAAAUAAAAGAAAGAAAGAAAAAAAAAAGCUUGAAAAUGUCAAGUGUCCACAUAUAAAUAAGUGCUUUAAUUUGUUUUUUUACGUUUUGAGUAGGCUUUCUUAAAAUAAACUGUGACUCUGUUGCAAAGCCGCUGUUUUUCCCUACAUAAGGUUAGCUGGCCUUUGGUAUUUAAAUUUCCUAAUCAUUCUGAAGGACUGGUGGAUCUGGUGGCACUCAGUGGAUCUGUUUCAUUCUGAGGCUUGGCUUCAGUUUACUUCUACUGUUACUCAAGAACAUGUUCUUUCUUUCCAUCAUGUGGAAGCUUGUGUUCUCACUGCAGAGUUUUCAGGUUUGUCAAAAGAAUGCACGAGUAACUGUUAAGUAUUGCAAAUAUAACUGCUCUUAAAUGUUAGAACAUUUAUUACCUCUACAGCAAAUCUAUAUUCAUAUACUCCAUGUGGCAUUUAGAGAUACAUAGCUACACGGUAUGUAUAGAGGCUGAUUCCUGCGGAAGUUUCAGCAACGCAAACCUCAAGAGUUGAAAGUGAGAAACAGAGUACAAGCAGUGAUAUGUCCUGUUCUUUUCACUGUUAUUUCUUAUGGACAAUAAAGUUAUUUUCAAAGCA